CUGCUUCUCCAUGCCCAUUGAGUUAGACCAGUUAGACAUAAACACAAGUGAUCUUUUCUGGAGUUUUGGCACGUAGAGAAUCUCUUUUUACUUCUUUUUUUCGUUCACGGUCCUUUGCCUUAUACACUGGAAUUAAUGCAAGUGUGAUGAAACUGCAUUGCACCACAACCAUUGACCAUUUCACCAUCUUUUAAUUGUUUAUUGAUUAAAAACAACGUUAACUUCGUUUUCAUAACUUCACCGAAAAAUGGAUGGAAGCAUUACAAUUGCUAAUGAAGUGGUAUCCAAAGAGCAGUCUUGUUUGGCACAGGAUGUGAGGUCAGAAAAUGAAAGUGUGCAAACUGGGACGAGCGGUUCCAGCUCAUCAGCCUCUAGUCCAAUGCCUGUGGAAGAUCUGGGUCCCGUGUUUGAAGUCAAGGGUAUCCGUGCCACCACAGACUCCUCUGUCUUGACGUUCAGAAUCUCCAGACUCAAUGAUCCCGAAAGCAGAGACUCUGGGUGGGAGGUGACCAGAAGUGCAGAGGAGUUUGAGGCCUUCAACCGGUUGAUUCUCGAUUGCCAAAAGUUUGGUGGCAUGAUAUUCCCACCAUUGCCACCACCCAUAGAGUCCAAGUACGAAGAAAGUUUUCUGGAAGCCCCCAUAAUCCAUCGGAAACAGGUUGAAAGAUACCUCCAGUUGGUUUCUUCUCACCCCAUUCUGGGGAGGUCGCAAGCCCUGGCGGAUUUCCUAUCGCCGACUUAUGUGAUGGCUGAGAAAUCAGGGCGCAAAGGCUUCUUCUCGAAAAUUGCUGAGAGCUUUUCGGGGUCUUCCCAGCCGGCCAAAGUCCCCCACCGAGACAUUGAAGAAUUCUUUCAAAACGAACGCGACUGGUCAGCCAACUACUCUGUCCAUUUGAAAACCACGUUGAACGCCGUACUGACCGUGAUCUAUUCGGAAAAGAAAAUCAUCGGACAGUUGAAGCAUCUGUGCACAGCGUUAUCGAUGAACGCCCCGAGUUGCUACCAGCAGGAAACGGGUCUCAUCCAUCACCGUCUGCAUUCCAAAAUGGCAGAUUCAUUUUUAAAUAUCCAGGAUUUGACGGAAGACGGACUGCAGCGAGGCUUGUGUGAUUUCUAUUGCAUCUGGGACCUGUACCUGCAAUACCUGGCCAACGAGCAGCUGAUGCUCAACCGACGCACGGCUCUGCUCAUCAACUACGAGAACUGCAACCGCAACUGGGAUAAGGCCAAAGCCCACAAACGAGAUGAGGCUGAAGCGGCCAAAAAGGCGGCCGAAACGGCGUUUGAGGAGUGCUCCGACGCGGCCCGUCACGAGAUCAAGGCUUUCCAGAAGCAGAGGGUCCAGGAAAUGCGCUUGAACCUGACACAGUUGGCCAGGAGUGAAUUGGCCAGAGCGCGCCAAAUCAGAGCCGCUCUGCAACGGGCGCUGGAUCAAGCCCGGCUCUUCCCAGUUCCGGAUGACCCUCAUCUCUCUUCGUUCUACUCUUAAAAUAUAUUCGUCCGUGAACUAAAAAAUUAAAAAUCCAGUCGAUGGCAUUCCCGAACGAAAUCCAAAAAAACAAAUCUGCAUUCCACACCCUAACCAAUUAACUCUGGAAUUUUGUUUUGGUCUUUCGUCUAAUCAAUUUUGUUUUCUAAUCGUCAUUUUCUUUUCUUUUUUUUUGUAAGUCUGAUGUGUUGUUGUUGUUGUUAUCAACAACAACGACACAUUUUUUCUCUUAACUCUCUCAUCUCUUUCUGGCCUCCGAACAAAAAUUCUUUAGUCAUGUCAUUUGUUUUCGCGAAAAAAACCAAAAUCUGUCAGACAAGUCAUUUUUCAUUCUUCUUUUAUACCCCCUCCACUUUUGCUGUUGUUUCAUAAUAUUGAAUCUACUAGUAAAUUAUGUUAAAUAAUGAAAUAAUAAAAAAAAAUGUCAAAUUUCA